CACUUCACAGGUGAUAUGCCAACGAUUGCAGCUGAGUUUACAAACAUUUCGUCAGUUUUGUGCAAGUGUGUGUGAAGGGGUCUGGAGAUAAACGAGCCCCAUAACAACUGGAGGCGUUUCGUAGGAUGGAAGCUUUGUCAUGGAGCAUAGUAUAGCACUAUUCGAUCCCAACACCACGGACGAAAAUGUUUUACCAGCUGCUCUCCCGCCGGAGAUUGAAGAAGGGAAUGUUGAAUAUAAGUUGAAACUAGUGAACCCAUCAGUAAGCAGAUUUGAGCAUUUGGUCACUCAGAUGAAAUGGAGGCUGGCAGAGGGAGAGGGGGAAGCAAUAUACGAGAUAGGAGUAGAGGACAGUGGGAUGUUAGCUGGACUUACGGAGGAGGAAAUGACAGCUUCCAUGGAAACCUUGACUCGGAUGGCUGACAAACUUGGUGCUAGUAUCACACUCCUUCGUGAUCGCACGAUAGAAGAUGAAUCAACUGCUGUAUGCAGGCGUGCAGCAGAGGUUCUGGUCAGGAAAGUCCCAGAUGACCAACAGUUUAUAGAUGUGAGACUGGCAGUGCUAGGGAAUGCAGAUGCCGGAAAGAGCACUCUGCUAGGAGUGCUUACACAGGGAGAACUGGACAAUGGGCAUGGCCGGGCACGUCUCAACUUGUUCAGACAUUUGCAUGAGAUUCAGUCUGGCAGGACAUCUAGUAUUAGCCAUGAGAUUUUGGGUUUUACAAACAAUGGAGAGGUGGUCAACUAUAGUGAAUCUCGUAGUAUAGAAGAAAUUUGUGAGAACUCCAGCAAGCUAAUAACCAUGAUAGAUUUGGCAGGACAUCACAAAUACCUAAAGACAACGAUAUUUGGUCUCACUGGCUAUGCCCCCGACUUCGCCAUGCUUGUUAUUAGUGCCAAUACUGGCAUAGCUGGUACUACAAAAGAACAUCUUGGUCUUGCCUUAGCAGUAGAUGUCCCGGUGUUUUACGUUAUAAGUAAAAUAGACAUGAGUCGCCCUACUUACAUUGAGCGCACUAUAACACACCUUGAGCGCUUGUUGAAGUCACCUGGGUGUAAUAAGAUCCCAUUCCGUGUGGAAACAGAAGAUGAUGCCAUGGUUGCAGCCACCAGGUUUAACUCCAAUGAGAUUGCCCCCAUCUUCCAGUUAUCCAGUGUCAGUGGAAAGAACAUCAACAUACUUCUCAAGUUUCUCAAUGUCUUGCCACCACUUCACAGUGCCAAAUCCAGGGAGCACUUGCUCCAGGAACCUGCUCUGCACAUGGUUGAUGAGGUCUACACGGUUCCAGAGGUUGGGACGGUGGUUGGGGGGACCCUUGUAAGGGGUUGUAUCAAGGAAGGUGAGAAGUUGUUAGCAGGACCAACAGACAAUGGUCACUUCAAGGAAGUAUUUAUCCACUCCCUGCAUAGAAACCGCCUACCUUGCCGCCUUGUCCAGGCUGGUCAAACAGCUACUCUGUCACUUGGACACUGUCCAUUUAGUAUACGAAAGGGAAUGGUCCUAGUAGAUCGUCACUGUGAGCCAGUAUCAAGCACCUGUUUUGAGGCCAGCAUAUAUUUGCUGUUCCACUCAAAGAGCAUUAGUAAAGGCUUCCAGACCACAGUCCACAUAGGGAAUGUUUGCCAGACUGCUAUCUUAGAGUGGAUGAACAAGGAGUGUCUGCAAACCAAUGAAAAGGCCCAAGUAAGAUUCAGAUUCAUCAAGCAACCGGAAUAUAUUGUGGAGGGGUCAAGACUCCUGUUUCGAGAUGGAAAAACCAAGGGAAUGGGAGAGGUCACAAAAAUAUUCCCCUAUGAAUUUGAUGACAGGCAAGAUAGAUGAACUGACAAGAGUAAAAUUACAUGGGUCAAGUUCAUUAUAGAUCUAGGUCAAAGCUUAAAUUGGAGUCAACAUAGGGUCAUAGAUCAUAGUAGAAUCCCCAUACGUGUUAGUGCCAUGAUUGGACUUUGCAAUCGUGUUGUAUCAGUCGUUUAAGGCUUCAUGCAAUUUGUUUAACAGUUCAGCAUAAAGAUAUUUUGGCAGCAUUAAUUUUGCAACUUUUAUCGAAGGCUUGAGACCCUUCAUGAGAACCAGUUAGUUAUAUUAAUUGAUUGAAAAUGCCGUGUGGAAUUUUUACCACACAUGGUUAGAAGUCAACUAUUAGCUUCUGGUUUCUUACAAGAUUUUUGUUACCAUAUUUGGUAUUAUAUUUUUAAAUCGUGAGAUACUUUUGGCUGUAAUGUUUGUAGAAGAAUACUUGGAAUCUGUGUCAAUUAUUUUGAAAAUGAGGCUUUUCAGUCCAUUUAAAUCUGCUUUUAAUGUGCAUGCAAAUUUACAGAGCAAAUUUUUUUAAUGGAAUUGUCCAUUAGAUGGGUGAGAUGGCCAGGAGUGACUGAAACACUGACUAUCCAUUGCCUUCAUUCAAUGUGAAGCAGUUCUAAACCGUAGCUACCAUGUAGUCAAAUGAAGUCAGAUAUCAAUGGCAGUUUUACUGUCACUGCAAGACUGUCAAUUUAGCCAAUAUUUUGCUGUAGAUUAGUGGAUUUGAGGUACCUAUGGUCCUGUACCUACAAUGGUUUGGUGCCAUACUGUACCUAUCAUUUCUGGUACCAUGGAACCACGUACCAUAGUCCUGUUUUUUUUUAUAUAUUUUUUAUAUUACUGUUCAAAAACUCUUUAGUAUUUUAUAAUAUAGUAUGUAUCUUAGGCUCCACAUUUUAGCUUUUAAACUUGUUUUGAUAGUAAUUAUUGUUAGUGUAUUUAUAUGUGAAGUUGUAUCAGUUGUUGCAUCAUGGGCAUGUUCAAAAAUUGAAUGUAAUUGAAGGAAUUCUAUUUCAGGUAAUUUAUUGCAUUUUUGAAUCCUAAAGAUUGUUUUCAAUAAAUGUUUUGUGUGUUAAA